AUGGGUGGCUCAAUAUCUAAGAUGAUGGCCAAGAUCUUCGGCAGCAAGGAAAUGCGCCUGCUGAUGCUGGGUCUCGACGCUGCUGGCAAGACGACCAUUCUGUACAAACUCAAGCUGGACCAAGAUGUGACAACAAUCCCUACCGUCGGCUUCAACGUCGAAACCGUCACAUAUAAGAACACCAAGUUCAACGUCUGGGACGUCGGCGGUCAGGACAAGAUCCGUCCCUUGUGGCGACACUACUUCUCGGGCACCCAAGGCCUCAUCUUCGUCGUCGACUCCAACGACCGCGAUCGCAUGGACGAGGCCCGCACCGAAUUGACCCGCAUCAUUCAAGACCGCGAAAUGAAGGAUGCCCUCCUGCUAGUCUUUGCUAACAAGCAAGAUGUCAACGGAUCCAUGCGACCAAAGGACGUUUCCGACGCACUCAACCUCAACGUUAUCGCAAAGAACCACAUCUGGAAGGUCGAGCCCAGUUGCGCUACCACUGGCGAAGGCAUCUUUGAGGGUCUCGCGUGGUUGAGCAGCCACAUCAAGGUGCCCGCCAAAUAA